AUCGUACACUGCAGUAUGCCACAGUUGAGAUACGGACCACGUUUCCACCGUCUCAGAAGCUGGCAGAAGCUGACAAUCCAAAUUCAACCAGAUGGUGAUACUGGAUGUGUUAAUAAUAGGGGGUGGCCCUCAUGCGCUGACCCUGGCGAGCUUGCUAACCAAUCCUGACCCUGACCCAAACUCAGACCCCAGACAUGACCCACCCUUCUCCCCCUCCUGCCCGGACCCCCUGAGGACAAACCCAGGAACGUCCAACAACAGAUGCUGCAGUGACAAGAAGAAGAAGAGGAGGGCAACAACUGGAAUGACACUGGAGGAGCAGCCAGCAAAGUCAACGAUAUCAGAGAAGGUUGCUUGCCCCCCGCUGAGUCUCCGAGUGGUGGAUUCCUAUGGAGAGUGGACCACUCUGUGGGAGAGCCAGUUCACAGCUCUGAACAUCCCUCAUCUGCGCUCACACACACUAGUGCACACUGACCCUCUCAAUAAGAAAGCUCUGCAGGACUUUGUUUUAAAGUGUGACCGAUCAGCGGAGCUUCACUGUCUUCCAGACCAGGUUUAUAUUCUGGACGAAAAUGCAUUUUUCAAUGACAUGCGACUUGGCAAGAAGGAGAAGAAACGACUAAACAUCACCUCAACGCUUAAGAAGAGUUUGUCCUUCAGUCUGCCGGGAACCAAACUAAGUGUGGACUUCUUUAAAGAUCAGGUGGAGAGACACAACUUGGGCAAAGUGCUGGUAAAGGGAACAGUGGAGCACAUCGUCCCUGUUAUUGAUUACAAGGAAGAGACGGAAGAAGAGAGUGACUGCGUGAAGGAGGCCAUGAGGGUGACUGAAAGGAAGGGAGAUGGGGCAAGGAAGAGAGUGAAGUAUUUUCAAGUCCAACUUCAAGAAGGCAGCAUCCUAAAAGCUCACCGGGUUGUUAUGGCAACAGGACCAACCCGUGCUCAGAUGGCAAACAUCCCUUCAUGGGUGAAAAGCAUUGGAGAGAGCUACCCAGAGGAGCGACUGCAGCACACAGUGCACCUCAUGCACCAUCUGACAAAUUCUAAGCAAGAACUUAGAGAAACAGAUUGUCAGACACAGAAAGAGGCUUUUCCCACUCAAGAACUGUGUGUAGUGUGUGAGACAGGGCAGAGGGUAAUGGUAGUUGGUGGAGGUCUGACCAGCGCUCAUGUCGUCUCAAUUGCCCUGCAGCAAGGUGCCAGCCAUGUGACAUGGGUCAUGAGGAAGCACCUCCAGUUGAAACAGUUUGAUGUGGGCGACGUGGAGAGUCUGGUGGGUCGUUACUCCCAUGUGGAGCACGGUAUCAAGAUGGAUGGCCAAGCGUACCUACGGCAGUUCUAUAAUGAACGGAGUCUUCACAAACGGCUGGCUAUGAUUCGCCAGGCAAGGAAAGGUGGGGCUGUCACCCCAGAGGCCUACAUCCACCUACAGCCAUUCAUUCUGAAUGGACAGGUGGAUGUGAAGACAUACUGUCAGGUGAGUGAAGCCAGUUGGUGCUACAGGAACCAGGCCUGGAGUCUUUCCCUCAGCACUGGGGACCACUGGACUGGAGAUAUGAUCUGGCUCGCCACCGGCUGCAAACUUGAUGCGAAGCAGGACCCGUUGCUUUCUGAGGUGAUAAAGGAAUUCCCAAUUCAGGUGAUAGAUGGUUGGCCGUGUAUAUCAGAAAGCCUACAGUGGGCCGAAGGGUGUCCGCUCUAUCUGAUGGGGCAGUACAGCGCUCUUCAGGUUGGACCUCAUGCAGUAAACCUGGCUGGUGGACAGGCUGCCAGCAUGCGAAUUGCCAAGGACAUCAUGCGUCACCGGCAACAGGACAGUGGAGGUGCUUCUGACCUGAGUGGGGAGAAAUUUAAAACUGAAGAAUAUAUUCAACAGAUGCAAGGCCUUUUAUGGCUUUAACUUGAGGAACUCAAAAUCACGUGUGUGAACAGUCUUCCUAAAUAUAAUUAUGUAAGAUGUGACUAUAUGAGCUUGAUUAAAUGCUGUGAAACAACAAUUCUGUGUCAAAUAAACACGUUCGUCUUU